CGAUAGCAUAUCUCAUCGGCUGAACGUGCGUAUGUGCGUGUAUGUGUUAUUAUACAUUUAUACAUAGAGUGUGCGUGUGCGUGCGUGUUAUAUGCCGUGUUCGUUUGAUGCACUGCUGCUGCGUGUGUGUUCCUCCAUCACGCAUUCAUUUUCUCCGGUCCGUUUGGUUCAUUCGCUCGUUGUAUAUCCGAAUACAACCCCCGACUGCUGCUGUUACUGUGCUGUAAUUCGUUCGAAUAAACGGUGCGCGAGGCGUUCGUCCAACGGCGGUUGGCGUUGACGCAUGCCGACCACAGACACCGCGUUAUCCGGACUACCGACCGUAAUUAAUGUCGUCGUUGCAAUUCAUCGUACAUCCAGCCCCUGGAACAGACGAUCAAUUAAAUGACAGGUUCAAAGAAGUUUCGGAACGUUUGAAUAGAUGUAUUUCAGGGAAUACAUCGUCUUAUCCUGUUCUGUCUAAUAUAAAAUCUCCAAUCAAACAAAUAGUUGUUGGACCAUAUCAUAUUGGUUUAUUAUUUGAAGAUGGCCGAGUGGCUCGAAUACCCUUCACAGUGGUUGCUGAAAGAUUGGAUUUAUCUAGAUCUACUGGGGAUGCAAACAAGUUGCCUUCAAAGUCCAGUAGUGGUGGUAGUGGUGGAGGGGGUGGUGGAGGAGGAGGCAAUUUGGGUUCUGCCACACGCCACCUUACCAGACGAGCUCGUAUCAUGAGAUCUGGAACAUUCCGUGGAACAUCAAGAUCAUCUGGUAGUGGUGUAAUAAUGAGUGGUAGUAUAACUAGUGGUCGUCCAGUUAUGCCAGCGCAAUUUGUACCAGAAGAGCUUGUAGCCCAAGCUCAAGUUGUGUUGCAAGGUAAAAGUCGAAAUUUAAUAAUACGUGAACUACAGCGAACAAAUUUGGAUGUGAAUUUGGCUGUCAACAACCUUUUGUCGCGUGAUGAUGAAGAAGGUGAUGGAGAAGGUGGUGAUGAAGUUGGAAGUGGACCUGGUGGAGACUCCUAUGUUCCUGAAGAUUUAAUGUCUUUAUUGGAUGGUGGAGGUUUUCAUUCUGACCAUUCUGUUAUUAUUGAUGCUGAUGCCAUUUUCUCGGAAGAUAUGUUUUCUUACUCAUCAUCUAGAAGACCCGUGUUGACAUUUCGUAGGAGUGGUGCUAGAAGGUUGGGUGAUCGUGACCGUGUAAGCAAUAGCGCUAAUGAUAGUUCCUCUAGUGAUCGUAACUCGGGACCUAUUGAUCGUGACAGUUUUACGAGAUGGAGGGAUCGUCAUUGCUAUGGACAACAACAACAUAGACAAAGACAGCAGUGGCUUGAAGGAGCUCUACGUGAUUCAGCCUGGGAUAAAGAUACAGAAUCUAAAAAGAAGGACUCUAACGUUGGAACUUUUGAAUUUUCCGCAGACUCCAAAAAAAAGGAUAAUAAUACUGGCAACCCCUUGUGGUUAUCUAAUGAUGCAGAAUAUUGGCCUGAACCAAAUGUUAAGUUUAUACAAAUUGCUGCAAUUCAUUCAGAAUUAAUUGCUCUUUCAGCAGGAGGACAACUUUAUCAAUGGAAAUGGGAAGAUGCUGAACCUUAUAAAACUUUAGAUAGCAAUAUACAUCAUCCAAAAGCUGCUCUUCUUGGUUUAACUAAUGAAAAAGUAACUCUUCUAUCUGGUACUAUUAUACGAGUUUCUGUUGUAACAGAAUCCAAUAAAGUAGCUACAUGGAUGGAUGAAAGUCUUACUCAUGCUGCUACUGCAUCUAAACUUGAACACCCUGCUCAACUUUAUAGCGAAUUUGUUAUUGAUCAUAUAGUUUCUAUCCAUACAUGCCCACUGUAUACACUCGCACGUUUAGAAAGUGGAGCACUUUAUUGGUGGGGAGUACUACCAUUCAACCAAAGGCGCAAAAUUUGGGAUAAAUACCGCACUAAAGCUAGAAAACAAAAGACAAACAAUUUAAAUUCUGAUAUUAUAGUUGGCAGUCAAGUUUGUAUGAAAAAUAGUCCACUUUAUCAACCAGGAGCUAUUGGUAUUACCUUAUAUGGUGGUGAGCCUAAAAUUGGUCAGCUAUUAAAUUCGGCAUGGUCAUAUGCUGAUAUUUGUAGAUUCCAAAUUUUGACUCCACCUCAGAUAUUUCAAUCUCAAAACUUUAACAGUAGUUCCUCUAAGUCAUCUACACCUAUUGAAAAAAGUAAAGAAACAGCAGAUAGAAUCGACAUGCCACCUCCUCCCUCUCCGGCAUCUAGCACUUGCAGUGAUACCGGAAGCACUGUUCAAAGUUCAAAGAGGACUAAAAAGGUGACAAUGAAAGGUCUUGAAGAUGAUAAAAACAUAGAAGAAGAUUGGCCAUUAAAAGAUGUUGUAUUUGUUGAAGACCAAAAAAGUUUGCCCAUUGGUCGUGUUGUUCACGUGGAUGGUUCAUAUGCUGCAGUUAAAUUCCCAUGUGUCUCAAAAGAUGUUUCAGGAAUAUUUCCUAAAGAUAAAGAUCCUACAGCUCCUGUAAAUGAAGAUGUAGUAACAAACAUUAUCAAAAUGCUGGACCAACAUGAAGUUCGAUUAAUGAAAAAAGAUGAUCUACAGGUAUGUAAAGUAGCUGUUGCAAGCAAAGUACCAGAUUGUUUUCAAAGAACACCAAGAAGAAUAAAUUUUCCUACUGAUAAUGGAAAUCAAAUUUUAACUUUAACUAUUGAUGGUCAAGGUGUUCAUGCAAUUGUAAAAAAUGGUUCUAAAAUCAGUUAUGUGAAGUUCAAUAUAACAAGUGGGAAAAUAGAGCAAGAUAGUCCAUUUCCAGUUGAUGCAAGUGCUUUAAUAGGCUUGAGCCCCGAUAAUAUGCAAAUUUUAUGUACUGCUGAAAGUAAAGAUAACAUAUGUAUUUUACGUGAUGGUAAUCGAACUAUCUAUCCGUUAGCUAAGGAUAGUACUGAUUCAAUGAGAGAACCCCAGUGGUUAGAUUUAGGACCUGUAAGGUGUAUUGGUAUUGGUUCAUAUACUGUUACCUCUCCUCAUGCAAAAGCAGUUACUGCAAUUAUAGUUCUAGAUGUAGAACAGCAAAUAUUAAUGUCUAGAAUAUUGAAGUCAAAUCUUGAGUCUGUUAAAAUGUUGGUACAGCAGUUGUCAGUUGAAAAUGAUAAUGGCGAACUUUUAUCACAAAUUUUAGCUGAGCGAUGUGAUGGGAAUCGUAAUCUUUUACAUGCUUGUGUUUCAGUUUGUGCACCAAUAUCAAAUAAAGAAUUAGAAGAUGGAGAUAAUCUACCAAAUCAAUCGAAUUCUAAUGUUGAUACUUUGAAUGUAAUUCAAAAAGCAUUUGGUGUCCGAUCAACAUUUAGUUUAAGAGAGAUGAUGAGACGGGCUUCAGCUGCUGUUAGAUCUAAUACCACAAAUAAUUCAUCAGAUUCUGAACCAAUGGAAAUGAAUGAGGACGCACCACCUCCAGGUACUGUUCCAGAACCCUGGCAUGAGCCAGUUAAUGCUACAACUCAACCAACAACUGUAUUACAAAAUGAUGAAGAAUCAAUUCAAUCUGCUCUUACCGUUAAUCCUACAGCUGAAAGGCGAAAUAAUGCUUUAGCGAUUUUAAGGCUUCUCUGUGAAUCUAAUAUAUUUUCACCCUAUUUAUUGGAUCUUUUAACUGCUAAAGAUGCUCAAGGAUUGACACCAUUUAUGUUAGCUGUAACUGUUAGAGCAUAUCCUGCUGCUAUUAUUUUACUUGAUACUAUUCAUCGGGUUGUUGCUAAAGUAGUUAUUCCACCAACUACAUGUGAAAUUCAAGGUUCUUCUUCAACCGAACAAGAACAUGCAAUCAAAAAUGUUAUGAGUGCUUGGAGAUCUUCAGCUGCAGGAACAGGAUCAUCUACUCCUAAUUGUAGCAAAAUAACUCCAGAAAUUGGUACUCAACCAGUACCUCUGUUUAAGAAUUCACCAAUUAAUAACUUUGAAUUACCACAUCCUUGGUCAUUACCCAUAGCUGGAGGAUUACCACAACAACAACCAAAUGAUUUUUCUAAAGGAUUUUUUACUAUUCCACCUCCUCCACCACCUAUUUCACCUAUGUCAUCUCUUUAUAAAACUCAUAUGUGGUAUACUGAUAGAUCAUUGUAUAUUGAUAGUGAUAAAGAAAAAAUCCUUAAAGCUAAAGAAGUUUUAGCUUCUAUGGUUUAUCCUCCUGGAUCAAAUCCAGAUUAUAGUCCAUUGCAUGUGCUUUGUUGUAAUGAUACAUGUAGUUUUACUUGGACUGGAGCUGAACAUAUUAAUCAGGAUAUAUUUGAAUGUCGCACAUGUGGUUUAACUGGAUCAUUAUGCUGCUGUACAGAAUGUGCUCGUGUUUGUCACCGAGGUCAUGAUUGUAAAUUAAAAAGAACAUCUCCUACUGCGUAUUGUGAUUGUUGGGAAAAAUGUCGCUGUAAAGCUCUAGUGCAAGGGAAUCAAUUAUCUAGAUUUCAGUUACUUAAUAGGUUAAUUAAUGAAACUGAUUUAGUGACUCAUUACAACUCCAGAGGUGAGAGUAUUUUAUUAUUUUUGGUACAAACUGUUGGGCGGCAAACAAAUGAACAACGUCAGUAUAAUAGAUCAUCAAGACAGCGAGCAGCUCGAAAAACACCAUCGUCUGACAUAGAAAUGGAUAUGCCUGAUCAUGAUUUAGAACCACCAAGAUUUAGUCGUAAAGCAUUAGAAAGAUUACUUAACGAUUGGCCUGCAGUUAAAGCUAUGAUCAUGUCUGGUGUAAAAAAUGAUUCUGAAAGUAAAUUAAGCGAUCAACCAUACUUAAAAAACCAAUCUGGAACUACAUUUUUAGAUAAGUUCAUGCAUUGUUUACUUUUUAAAUGCAAUGCUGAGGUUUUAACAAGCUCUUUUAUGAUGGUUGAUGCGUUAGUUACAACUAUUGUUAAAGAACUUCAUAGUUCAUUGUCUAAUUCAGCUGAAGUAAAUACAAUAGCUCGUCGUUUUAUAAGAUCUGUUAUACGUGUGUUUGUUGUUUAUAGUGUUGAAUUAGCGCCUCAAAAUAAUAAACGACGAAUGCUUGGAAAUUUAUCCUCUCCAUUUGCUCGUGCCAGGCGUAUAUUUCAAUCAAUGAUGAAACUUUCUGUUGAAGAAUUAUGUGAAACAGCUGAAAGUUUAAUAGCACCAGUUCGUCUUGGUGUUGCUAGACCUACUGCUCCAUUUACUUUAUCCAAUUCUAAUCCAGAUCAACAGAGUUAUGAAGAAAUAUUUUUUGUUGAGCCUAUGGCUCCAAAUAACAUGACGUCAUCUGAUCAUUUAGAAGGUUCUAAUGUUCGGGGUCAGUCCCAAAAUGAUCAACCUCCAAUUGACAUUGAAUUAGAAGAUGAGAUGGCUGACAAUAAUGAUGGUGAAGGUAGUGAUACAGAAGAUGUUAUGGGUAGUGGACUAGAAAAUCGAGGUGAUUUAGGACCUAACAGAAUUUCUGAUUCGAAUCAGCCAGAGUCUGACACCGAAGAUAUGUUGGUUGAAACUGAUUCUGAUUCUGAUCAAAGUAAUCAAGAUGGUGGUGGUCAAAGAAGUGUCCAAACUGGAGCUACUGCUGGUUCAGAUACUGAUGAUGAAUCUGGGGAAUCGACCCAGCAAGAAGAUGGGGAAGAAUCGGAAGCUGGAGAAACAGAUGAACUAGAGACUGAAGAAUUUCUUGUGUCUGAAGAUCAAUUAGAAAGAAGAGCUACAAAUUCUGGGCAAGGGCACAGGACUAAUUUAGCACCCCAAUCUAUGCAGUGGGCUAUCAGAAAUCGUGAUCCUACAACACGUUCAGCAACUGGAUUUAGAGUUGCCUCUGGUAAUUCAUUAGUUUUCAUAGAUCCUUCAUCAUUGAGGCGUUCUGCUGUUGCUGCAGUUAGUAAUAGUACCAAUAAUUCUGGUAACGGAAGCAAUAAUGCAGCUGCAGCUGCUGCUGCUGCAGUUGCUGCUUCUGCAGCAGCUGGUCUUAAUGAUUCAAUCACUAUGUCAACUACAGCUUCUAGUUUGGCUAGAGCAUUUGCAGUAGUUAUACGACAAAUAGCUGAUUUAUUAGUGACCUCUAUCAAUGAUCCACCGUCAUUACCAAUACCAGUACGGACAUCCGUACAAGAUAACUACAAUUUACAAAUAAUAAUUGAAAAGUCACUUAAACCCACUUGGGAUUGGUUAAUGGCUAUCAUGGAUUCUACAGAAGCUCAACUUAGAUUUGGUGCUUCACUUACUCAGUCAUCUGAUCCACAACAUCCAAGACAUCCUUUACAUUCAACAACAACAUCUAAUACUACUAAUACAUUACCUACUACAUCUUCUGGAAUAGGUUCUAAUAGUAAUAAUAAUCAAACGGUAGAACCUCGACGUGAAUUUAUAUCAUAUUGUUUAUCUCUUAUGAGAGCUCAUAGUAAUGAACAUGGAGAUUCCUUGCCAGUAUUAGAUGUUUCUUCUUUAAAACAUGUUGCUUAUGUCUUGGAUGCUUUAGUUUAUUAUAUGCGAGCUGAUACAGCUGCUGUUAAUUGUCAAGCAUUAACUCCUCCUAUGUUGUCAGAAUCAGUUGAAACAGAACCUUGGAUCAUAGAUCAGGAUGAAAAUGAUAAUGAAGAAAAUGAUGAAGAAAUUAAUACUACUGUACCACCAAUUACUCAAACGUCAACUCCAAGAUUUGUAGACUUAGAUUCUGGAAGCAGAGGUCGUCGUCAUGCAUUUUUCCAACGAUCAGAUUCUACUUUAUGUUUAGGAUGUCCUCCACCAGAUCCUUUUGAAACACCUAUAUAUCAAGCUAUGCCAUUGGCUGAUCAGCCACAUUUACUACAACCAAAUGCUCGCAAAGAAGAUUUGUUUGGUUCUCCAAAACUUUCAGCACCUAUAGAUGGAUCAUUGGAAGGUCUGCCAUCAAGGCUUAGUUUAUCCAGUCGUAGCGAUAAUGGAAGUGAACAGUUACCCAAAGAACAUGAAAGAAAAAGGCAUGAUACUGAGCCAGAAGAUCUUUCUAUUAAAGCUAAAGUGAUUGAAAGAAUGAAUGAAUUGAAUGUAUUAUUUGGUCCUGGUGAUGAGUCUGACACUUCACAACCAAUUCCUGACACUGAUACAAAAAAAGAUCGAGACUUAAUCAUUGUACCACCAAGUAUUUUUACUACUGAUACAACAUCGCCUAUGCUUAAAAGUGUUAUUGUGAGAGCUCCUUCUGGUGGAACUCCGUCAACUUCUUCAAGUUCUACACAAGUUAAAUCAAAUACCGAUGUUAAUGAAGACAACCAUAUUUCAAAUCCAAACAAUGAUACUAUCAAACCUAUGAAUAAGGGAAGUCGUUUGGGAGAAAGUGUAUCUCAUGAUCUAUUGUUAGGCCGUUGGCGCUUGACAUUAGACCUGUUUGGUCGUGUAUUUAUGGAAGAUGUUGGUUUAGAGCCUGGAUCAGUUGUAUCUGAACUUGGAGGAUUUCCGGUUAAAGAAGCAAAAUUUCGUAGAGAUAUGGAAAAAUUAAGAAAUCAACAAAAUCGUGAUUUAACACUAUCAAAAUUAGAACGUGAUCGAAAUCAAUUGAUACUAAUGACUUUCAAAGAGUUAAAUAAUCAAUAUAAUUCAUAUCAUCGCAGAACAUCUAGUACACAUCCAUGUUUAGCAGUAAAUAGAGUAAAAGUAACAUUUAAAGAUGAACCUGGAGAAGGCUCAGGUGUUGCUAGAUCAUUCUAUACUGCUUUAGCUGAAGCUCUUCUAUCCAGUGAAAAAUUACCCAAUCUUGAAUCUGUUCAAGUUGGUGGUCGAUACUCACAGUAUACUGUUCUUCAACGUUUGAGAAAUCGUGAACGUACUGAAUCUACUAGAAUAAGACAUGCUGGUCCAUUAUCACCACGUGUACCAUCUAGACGUUCUGAGCGAAAUGAUCGUGAACAACGACGCAUUCUUUCUGUUGAUGCUCGUUCAUUUGUUCCUAAUUCUGGAUCAAAUGAUAGUAAUCCUAAUUCUCAUCUUACUCCUCAUCAACAACAGCUGGGUGAUCGUCUGUAUCCAAAGAUUAUUCAAAUUAGGCCAAGUUUAGCCAGCAAAAUUACUGGAAUGCUCUUAGAACUAUCACCUGCACAACUUUUAACUUUACUGGCAUCUGAAGAAGCUCUAAGAAUGCGUGUGAAUGAAGCUAUUGCAUUAUUAAUGCAAACAGUUGAAAUGUCAGCACUUGAUGUUGCUCAUCCACUACCCCCAGCUGAUAGUCUUCUUGAAGAUGUUGAUUUAUUCCUAAGUCUGUCAGAACAACAUGGUUCUAAACCUGUUACACCUGCUAAAGAAAAUAUUGCAGAAGAAAAUGUAACUGAAGAAAAUUUAGAUGACAAUAUGCCAUUAUUUUAUUGUCCUGGAAAACAAGGAUUUUAUUCUCCUCGGCAAGGCAAAGCUUCUUAUGAGCGUCUAAAUGCAUUUAGAAAUACUGGAAGAUUGAUUGGACUAUGCCUUUUGCAAAAUGAAUUGUGUCCUAUGUAUUUUAAUCGCCAUGUUCUCAAAGUUAUUCUUGGAAGAUCUAUUAGAUUCCAUGAUCUAGCAUUUUUUGAUCCAGUUAUGUACGAAAGCCUUCGACAACUUGUACUAGAUGCUGAGUCAAAAGAUAAAGAUUCAUCUUUUUCAACAUUUGAUUUAAAUUUCAGCAUUGAUCUAAGCCCAGAAGAAGGAGGAGGAAGUGUAGAGUUAGUUACUUGUGGUGUUGAUAUUGAAGUGACACCCAAUAAUGUUUAUGAUUAUGUUAGAAGAUACGCAGAGUUUAGAAUGUUUAAAACCCAACAAAAAGCAUUCUUUGCAUUGAGAUCUGGUGUAUUUGAUGUAAUUCCUGAGAGUUCAUUAGAUGGCUUAACUGCUGAAGAUUUAAGACUAUUAUUAAAUGGAGUUGGUGACAUCAAUGUACCAUUACUAAUUUCAUAUACAAGUUUUAACGAUGAGUCUGGUCUUGCCACUAGUGACCGACAAAUAAAAUUUAAACGCUGGUUGUGGUCUAUUGUUGAUAAGAUGACUCCAUCUGAAAGACAAGAUUUGGUAUAUUUCUGGACUGGAUCACCAGCUCUACCAGCUUCAGAAGAAGGAUUCCAACCAAUGCCUAGUGUCACCAUGCGUCCAGCUGAUGAUUCACAUUUACCUACUGCUAAUACUUGUAUUUCCAGAUUGUAUAUACCACUUUACAGUAGUCGUACUAUACUCAGGCAUAAACUUUUAAUUGCCAUAAAAACCAAGCAUUUUGGAUUUGUUUGAAUUUAUGGUACGUUGAUUAUAUAAUGUAUGUCAAAGAAAAAAACCACUAAAACAAAAUAAUAGAAAU